AGUUCAUCCUGUCCGAACAGCAGCGACAAGUCGACACAUCGACACAUUGCAAAAAAUUUCAAAGUGUUUCAAAGGAAGCAAUAUGAAUUUCGUCAAUCGCGAGAGUGAGUCAACUGAAAUUGUGUUCGUAUAUACUUGCAGUUUAUGCGAAACAAUUUGUCGCCCGAAUGAGAUACGCAAUCAUCCCUGCUUGAAAGGAUACACGAAAUUCUUCAUAGACAAAAAUUUUUAUUUCUAUCCGCAUCGUGAUGAUGGAUUGAUCAUUACAAAACGUCUUGUUGGAGAACAAGAGGUCUUCGUCAAAGAAGCAGAUCAAGAUGAAGCAGAUCAAGAAGAAGCAGAUCAAGAUGAAGCAGAUCAAGAAGAAGCAGAUCAAGAAGAAGUCGAGUUAAUACAUAUAAAAAACAUCAAAGGUGACAGUUUGAACAGCAGUGAUCGUCCGACGAAUCUGCUAGCGAGGAAAGUGCACAAUGAGGAAUUUCUCAUAGAGGAAGUACGGAAACGACCACCUCUUUGGAAUUUUAAAUUGCACAUUUCCGAAAGGGGCGCUCGUACUAAGCAGAUACUGUGGGAAGAGAUUGCUGAGAGCAUGAAAGGAGAGAUGACUGCAGCAGAGAUAAAAAAAAAAUGGAAGUCAUUAACCGAUAUGUUCAGGAGACAUCGCAAAGCUCACAAACAGUCAAGUGGUUCUGCGGCUGCCAAGAAAGUUAAAUGGCUCCACUUCAAAAGGCUUAGUUUUCUGCAGAACAUGGAACUUGAUAACGAGACAACAUCGAACAUUGUCGAUUUGUCUAAUAGUCAGGACGUUUCGCUAAACAGCGCAGAAACAUAUGACGAUGACCGCAGUGACAGUACGUCGAGAAAUAGUGAACGUAGAUCACAAAAUGACUUGAGACGUGAGAAGUUGGUCGAGCCUGGAGCCAUUAUGGACAGAAUGGUCGACCUGAUGAACGAUCCUGUAACGGUUAAUGUAACCGGAGGCCUGCCCAAUGAUGAAUUCACUGGGUUCGGAAUGGUUGUCGCCUCUAAGUUGCGAGUUCUCAGUGCGGAUGCAAGUGAGGCGGCAAUGCUCGCAAUAUUACAGCUUUUACGUGAGACGAGAGUGAACGACCAGAAUAAAUAAAUUUUUCCUUAUAUGCAUAUUUUAAUAAACAAUUUUAUAUUUU